GCCCUCUCUGCCGCCGCGGACGAGAGUCGCCACCACCACCACCAUCCAGCCAGCCCCUUCCCUUCCCCAGCAGCAGUCUCCAGCCGCAGCCAUGGCCAAGCCACCGCCGCCCACCUCCACCUCCGACCCCGCGCUCCCCACCACUGCUACAACCACCUCGUCGGCCCCCAAGUCGUCGUCUCGCCCCUCCCCCCGCCCCCGGGGCCUCCUCGAUCCGCUCGCAGCCUCCGCGCGCUCCCUCCUCGCCUCGGCGCGCCGCUCCCCGGUCACCACGUUAGCCGCCGCCUUCUUCCUCCUCGCGCUCGUCAUGUACGGCGAGGACGCCCGCACCAUCGCCGAGCUCUCCAUCGACGACUACCUCUACCCGGACGCCGACCUCUACAACGUCUCCGGCCUGCCGCCCCUCGCGCUGCCCCCGCUCACCUGCGACCUCUCCAGCGGCAGAUGGGUCUUCGACAACGUCUCCGUUCCGGCGUACCGGGAGAAAGACUGCACCUUCCUCACCAAGCAGGUCUCCUGCCUCGCCAACGGCCGCCCCGACGACAUGUGGCAGUACUGGAGAUGGCAGCCCAACGAGUGCUCCCUCCCCACGUUCGACGCUCGGAGAUUCAUGGAGGCGAUGCGCGGGAAGCGGCUCAUGUUCGUGGGGGACUCGCUGAACCGCAACCAGUGGGAGUCGCUGGUGUGCCUCGUGCAGUCCAUCCUGUCCAAGGGCAGGAAGAAGAUCGUCAAGCGGGGCUCCUUCAACACCUUCUACGCCAAGGAGUACCGCGCCACGCUCGAGUUCUACUGGGCGCCCUUCCUCGUCGAGUCCAACUCUGACAACCCCAACUUCCACAGCAUCAAGGAACGGAUCAUCAGUCCCGAGCGGAUCGAGGCGCACGCCAAGCACUGGAAGGAUGCUGACUACCUCGUCUUCAACACCUACAUCUGGUGGAUGAACAACGCCGAUAUCAAAGUCAGGAGACCCAAUUCGAGGUACUGGUCUGACAACGAUGAGGUUCCCAGGAUUGAGGCGUACGGCCGUGUGUUCAAGACAUGGUCUGAUUGGCUCAAUGACAACAUCGAUCCUGCCCGAACGUCCAUCUUCUUCAUGACGAUUUCUCCUCCUCACCUCAGCCCACAGAAUUGGGGAAACCCGGACGGUAUCAAAUGUGUAAGAGAGACGCUUCCAUAUCAGAACUACAGCCAACACUUGGAUCUUUACCAUGACAUGCGGCUGUAUGACUUAGUGGUCAAUGUGGCCAGCUCCAUGGAGAAGGUCCCAGUGACAGUGAUCAAUAUCACAAGGAUGUCAGAUUACCGGAAGGACGCCCACACGUCCCUGUACACCAUCCGGCAAGGGAAGCUGCUGACGCCUAAGCAGAAGGCAGACCCCGAGAAGUUCGCGGAUUGCAUCCACUGGUGCCUUCCUGGCGUGCCGGACGUGUGGAACCAAAUACUCUACACGAGGAUUCUUUCGAAAUCAUCAUGGCAUUCUAAUUUUAGCCCCCCUCCAUCCCAGUCUCUGCCUCUUCCUCCCCAAUGAGAAUCAGAAGUGGGGGCUUGGUUUUUGUCGGAGAAUGUAUGAUUUUUCAUUCUUUUUCCUUCCUUUUUGGGUAGAUUGAGUAAAAUGAUAGCACGAAAAGGAAAAUGAAUGUUCUGAUUACUGAUGGUAUAGCAUGUAAGAAGAUUCAGCUGAAGUGUAAAUUAGUUGUGAGUUAGCCAAUUGAGAAAACAACAGCGACCUAGUAUAAAGUGCAUAUACAUAUACUGCUGGUUCACAGGCAAAAUUACCUAUAUAUAAGCCUUUUUUCCUGAUGGAUGAAAAAAAUGUGCCUAUCUUUUUUUU